AUGGUGGAGGUGGAGGAUUGGGCUACCAGAUUGAUUGAACACAGGCUGAUUAUUCAAGGCAUGUUUUUUAAGUGUGGAGUUGAGUUUUCGCUAGCUAAUGUUUAUGCGACAUGUGAUGGUGAGGGGCGUCAAAUUCUGUGGGACAGAUUAGGAACUAUUAUGCAAAAUUAUGGUGGUGGUGGCCCUUGGUGCGUAGUGGGGAAUUUUAAUGCCAUUAGACACCAUCUUGAAAAGCGUAGUAUGAUAUACGUUGAGAGAUAUGUGGAAGAGGUAUCACUUAAUAAGUUUAUUGAUGUUAAUGCGUUGGUGGAUUUUACUUUGUGUGGGAGACGUUUUAUAUGGUACCAUGGAGAUAGUAGAGUCAUGAGUCGGUUGGAUAGAUUCCUAGUCUCUACAGAGUGGUGUGUUACUUGGCCUAAUUGUACUCAGUGGUGUCUUCCUAGAGGUCUUUCUGAUCACUAUCCUCUAUUGUUGAAUGUUGAUGUCCAGAACUGGGGACUGAGACCACAACAAAUAUUGAAAUGCUGGGCGAAUUUACUAGGGUAUCACGAUUACGCGGUUGAGCAGUGGAGCUCAUUCCAGGUGGAGGGGUGGGGUGGUUAUGUGUUGAAGGAAAAACUGAGGUUAAUAAAUGAGAAUCUAAAAUUGUGGCAUAAACAGCAUACUCAGAAUUUAGAAGGAUAA